AUGUUUAUAAUGCGGAGAUUUGGGUGUGUGCUUCUGGUCAUGUCACAGAAGGUUUCAUCCUCUGUACUUAAUUCCCCAGCUAAUGUCCCGUGGAAAUUUUCACACCCAAACCUUGCAUGCCUUGUUCGGGAUGAACUCGUUAUUCACAAAAAUUUCAUAUCGUGUGUAGAAGAAGAAAAUUUGGUGAAGGAAUUAGAUAGUCAUUUGUCGAGACACAAAUUUGAAAGCUCGCACUGGGAUUACGCGAUUACACAGUACCGCGAAAUAGAACGGACACAUUGGAUCGACACCAACCGCCCCGUCAUACAGCGAUUAAAAGAUUUCACAGCCUCAACGGUACGCCACAACUCAAUCAAGGGACUCCCUGUAGACCAGCUCGUCCUGCCAAGUGUUCAUGUUCUGGAUCUAGCGGAGAAUGGAGAAAUUAGGGCUCACGUUGAUAGUGUUCGCUUUUGCGGUGGCUCCAUUGCGGUAGUCAGUCUUCUCUCUGACAGUGUUCUUCGAUUGGCUGUGGCUCCACCCCAAGAGGUUGUGGCAUUGCCAGCGGAUCAGCCAAAUUUGCGAGAUCUAACUUUGCCACCGGACGGCUGGUUAGAUGUUUUUAUUCCCCGACGCUCAGUUUACGUGCUUCUUGGCGGUACGCGAUCUUUGCGAUUCCUCAUGGAAGACGGUGUGGUCCGCCCCACUACUUUACGUAGCCUGGUCAGACCCGUAUCCCCACUUUCUCGGUUGAACCAAAACCCAUUACCGCUGAUCAAUCCUGAAAGUCACUUAACUCAUCGUCCAACUAAUCCCAGAAGUCGCAGUCGCUCUCCAGUUCUCGCCUCAGCUGUCCACUUAGCCGAUCGGGAUUCUUACACUGGGGGAGAACGAGAUGGUGAGGUACGCCGCAUAAUUGUUCGCCGCUCUGCUCCUGAUCCUGAUCCUCCCUUUGGUGGUCCAGUCCAUGAUAAACUAUCAGCUCAGAAGGAUCACGAAGAUGUACGAAGAGAUGAUCAGCCGCGUCCUGUACGCCCUGCGAGGCACCAUAAGAUCGAUCGUUCCGAGACUUGCCCCAUCCUUGUGCGUCUUUCUUAUUCUCUAAAUGGUCGCCAUCACUCUCUCAGUGAGUACGACAAGGGCAAAUUCCCUGAAAACGAACUGCAGAUAAACACAUGGAUUGACUGUAGCCUCAAAGAGCUGGCUGAAGAGGUACGCGAUGCUUGCCCUUCGGCACGACGCAGAGGCUCCCGUUUGCAUUUCGCCGUCAUUUACCCUGACCAGCGUGGCACAUAUCGUCGCCGUGAAUUGGGUGUAGUGAUCUCCGGCUUCACUAACAGCCAACAGGCGGAACCAGUUGAUGCUGACAACCCGAAUCAGACACAGCGAGCAUUUCAUCUCACAGACGACUCUGCCAUCACCCUACUGUCCAAACGUUUUCACAUGUCCGAAGGACUGCCACGCCUACCGACGAAACGGUUGCGAGCUGUACUAAACGCAUCAGCCAAUGGAUCGUAAGUCGCUGCCAGGUGAACUGCUCUGGAUUGCAAACAAGUGAAUAUGCAGCCAGCUCGCUUUUCCCCAAUCCUUCCUCGCCUUACAACAAUGAGGCCAAACUAGUCUACACUAACCUUCUUGUACGGAGACCAACCAAUCUCCAUCUAUUAUUGAUAUGAUGUGGCCGCUUGUCUGCGGCAAACGAUGCAUCCUCCGAUGAUUCGCUUCGCUGCCUCAGCGCCAUGCACUAUCCGGUGAUUGGUGCCGGGGGGGGUGCAUAGCAAGUGCUGUGUUCCACGAUGUGCGGUACAAUAGGUGAGGUGUUUUGCACCUGCAGCUAACGUGUAUCAUGGUGAUGUUCCACAGUACCCUUCUCAAACGUGAUAAUGGCGUAUCAGCGCGUGGACGAUCAGGUGGCUGCUGUGUAAACUGAACUGGUGCUGCACACCCUCCUCAUUAUCUGUGUAAUUGAAACGUCCUCCCACGUUGGCAUAUGUCUCAUGCUUCAUCAUACGGAGCACAUUUUUACUGGCGCCUUCGAUUUUGACCACUGACAACGGG